UCUUGCAUUUAAACUUGCUUUUGAUUAACCAUUUUUUAAUGAGCAACAACUUAUAUGAGAACUACCGUAUUUUCUGUACAAAAAUGGGUAUAGUCGCACAAAUUUCAUAUUAAUCUAUAUUACUAAACCUAACGUUUCUCUCUCUACUUCGAUCUCGUUCUGCCGUUCGUUUUGCCCAGUUACCUUUCAUCGAAUCGUCAGCGAUAAGCGAAAUGUUUUAACAGCUAGAACUUCCGGUCGUCGUUUUUCCACGAUUCUGGAAAAGAAGCUGCUCGUAAUUCUAUCUGCGCAAUAUUAGUUUUUUAUUGACACUGCUUGUUCGGUAAAUAACACGUUACCUAUGAUUUAUCAUUAGUGCGUCGGAUCCUACAAAAGGCACGGCAUCAACCUGCAUUAAUUGCCAUUCCUAUAUUGCAUCCACACACAAUCGCCUAUAUCGCCUUACUUACGUUCUGUAGACGUGUAAUAUUUACGCAUACGACGAGGGAAAUGUCCAUGCGUUGCCCCACUUAGUCUUCCCUUUAUUCAUAAUGUAUUUUUCCUCUGUAUACAUCUAUGCGCCUCGAUAUACAGACGAAAACCACGCCCUGCACCACUCGUUCCGUCAGUUACUGACAGCCGAAGCCCCUCGUUCCUGUAAGUGACAGCUCUGCAGCCGCGCUAAACAUUUCUACUUUGCACCCAGGCGAUAGUGGUUUUGCCUUGUCCCGCCUGUUUACACACGUCACUUGUUUGGACUAAUCCCAUUGAAACUACAUACUAGUACGAGGACAACUAUGAAGCGACCGACAAGAAAAGUCCGUGGUCGUUUCCCUGCCCUUAUUGGUGUUUCUUCUGUUGUGUUGUUAUUGCCGAUUAUUGUUUUUGUUGUUGUUGUUAUUUUUGUCCUAUACAGUCAAGUCCUAUCCGAGGCCAUUUUGAAGGAUUUCCGCCGGCGUGUCGCCAAAAUAAUAAUGAUUAUGAACGAUGUAUGAUGUCUCAUACGAUUCUUUCCUCUAAAGUGUAUCAUGUUCUCGUAAUAAACGUGCAUCAAGACUACAUCGGCCAGUAAAAAGUUAGCGGUUUAUGGCACGCCCAUGUUUUGACGUCAAACGAACUAUCGAUGAUUACUGCACGUUCACAACCUAUGUCACAGCAUAUAGCAUGUUGCCAUUACUAGCCUCUGCCGCUGUAUCUGAACUGCUAGUUCGACAGGUUUUCUAUGUGAGCCACUAACAGCUCCGUCAUGACGGGCGCUUCAGGCAAACGUGCUACACACUCCAGAUCGUGAUCUCAGUAUGGAGUGCGGUGAGACAGCCAGAUAGAUAGCAAUUGGCAAUUGGAUUCAGGUUUCGGGUGAUUGUCUGAUUAACUGGAAGAGCGGAUUCGACUGGCUCAGUGGCAGCAUCAAAGAAACGCAGGGAAGCCGAAAAAGGUGUGACCUUCAUCCGCUCGAAACACCUUCAAAUUGCCGUUAUAUCUGCUGCGAGAUUCGUGGACGGUUUCCGUCUGCAUCGCCCGCGAAGGCGAACCUAACGAUUUUGUCUAGCUCCGUCCGUGUGUAUUAGACUGGCGCUAAGAUCGAUAUCACAAAGACAGAACCCGUUUUUGACCAAGAACAACAACCCGUACAAGUGCAUAUAUAUAUACGUUCGAGGCAUUUGUCUGUGAUAAUGGCGGCAUUCUAUAUCGACUGGCCAGCCACCAGUCGACCGUUGAGCGACUGGUGGACAUUUCGUAAUCAAUAGGUGAAAUCGAGAACGACGUGUAAAGUGGCUUGAUGCAAUACAGUGGAAGAGAAUUAGUAUUCGAACUCGUAUCCGUUUAAGGCGUCUAACUUUAAGACGUCAUGGAAGCGGAAACGGUGUUUGUGCUGGCGAUCUUUUCUGUAUUCUUCGUGGUGGGAGCCUCUCUGUUUUACUAUGCGUGCUGUGUUACAGACAACGAAGAAGCAGUCAACAAGCUGAGGGAAUCCCUUAAAAGGAAACGGUCUCGAAGUUCCAUCAAAGUGGCCACUACGACAAGCUCACAGUUUCCUCACUCGAGUGCAAUUACUUCAGGCCCUACUUUACGUGAAAUGCAAUCUGUUGGCAUUCAGGUAGUCCCACCAACACCUGAAGUAUUUCAGCCACCUCCGGAGUUUAGUGAAGAUCCUCACUAUCCCUGUGCACAAGGGAGUUCAUCGAGUAUAACUCCUAACCGUACUCCGACCCCGGAGCCGCAGGAACAUCGUAACUCCAUCGAUUGUUCAAACCACUCGAACGUGCUUUCUGUCCUGCUGCAAGAGUAUCUCAAUAGCAUGGCCAAAGCCAAGGAAAAUGGCUAUUCGGCCACCAGCAGCGUUUCGGGCGUGUCCCUGACCGACUCGCCCAGGGUCGUCCAUCUCUAAAGAUGGCUGGCGAGUUGAUCAGCACCGUAGGACCACUCCUCGGCCAUAAAACAGAAGAGAGCCGUAUUGGUUGGUUGAUCUCCGAAAUUAAACAGAAAGAGUAACCAUCCACGGUAAAAACGUCCCUAUUUUUGCUUUUGGUCUGUAUCGUGUUUAGGGUUAAUCGUUAAUUAUGUAAUUAAGAAGAAGGGUUCAAGUCAAGAUGCGAUGGUUGUCGACGAACUGUUGGCAAACGAGUUGCUCAUACCUAUAUUGGGCGCUGACAUCGUCGUGUACGAGACAGCGUAAUUGAUCGUAAUUUCAAUAUUGUAAAUGGAAAUAUUGUAAUAUUUAGUAAUUUAGGUUAUUGUCCUAACUAUGUUGUUUAUCUAGGCCUUCACAAACAAAAUGCAUACUGUUGUGUAACAGGAUUACUUUGGCUAACAUUACUGUCUAUUUUUUUUAAAUUGUUACAAUCGUCAAUUUAAUUCAUAACAGCCGACGCGUGUCAGAUAGAUGAAAGCGGAUCAGAUAUUUACACCUAAUUGAUAUGUGUAAACGAAACAACGAGAAGAUAGAAACGUUGCAAGGGGACCAUGCUAUAAAGUCCUAUAUACAGAGACAUCUUAUGUAACCCUCUUCGCGAGCAGACUGAAAGCGAAAGACAGCCAAAUGUUUUGCAUUUAUUUUUCUGUUUUGUUGUGUUGUGAUACUGGCCGUGCCAACGGAGACAGCAUACAACCGAACCAGUGUUUUACGGCUUUGGAUUCGUUCGUUAACUAAGCUAUCAUCAUUAUUAGUCCUCGCUCACCGUAAGUCACGCAUCAGGCUUGCCCAAUUUCCCUAUAUUAUAUCCCACCCCCUAUCAACAAUUUGCACUAGUUGAAACGUCUCUAUAUACGUUCAUUAAAUCAGUAAGAAAUAUAAAAUCCCUUUUACGUAAUCCUAGAAAAGAACAAUCGAGAGUUGCCUGGGGCCGUUCGCUAAACGUCAUUAAAGCAGUAAAAUUUUGUCCUUUCGAUCGAAAAGAGAAGUCGUUGAAAGAAUAUUUCGACCGUUUUCUGAAGUCAUCAAUGACUCACCAAUCGCGCUAGACAAAGCCGACAGAGCACCAAUAGAAUGCGAUCCAGAUAUAUGAUGUCACGAACACGUUCCAGUCUCAGAUAACUUUUCAUUGUUCUGUAUGCCGCAUUUUGGGGCUUCCUGUUGGGUUAUUUCUUUCAUUUUUGAUAUCUCAUCAUUACGCAUUGUACAAAUGCAUUUUGUAGGCCAAGCAUGAUUAUCUCUCUAAGUAUCAAUAGCACAUAUCCGAGUACCUAGUACGAGAUAAGCUAAUCCGUAUCUCUACGCCUAAAUCAGGUCGAACCAGCUGUUUUAACAUGGACCACGUUACACAAUGAUACAUAUGCCCCCAUGUAUAUAUCUAGUGUAUAAGCAUAACGGUAGAAAAUCCAGCUAUAAUGUCGGAAGUUUUCACCGUACAAUACGACUGAGCCAGAAGACAAUGAUUCGAAGGUACAUAGAAACACAUGAAGAUGAUAUCAGCAGUUGUAAUAUUUAUGUUAUUCUUAGUGGAAAAUAAAAACAAGAACAGAAUAACUGUACUGUAUGAUGAA